AUGGGGCUCCUGCCUGAGCCCAGCGCACGCCAGAGCAGCGGCGCCUCUGCGGGCCGAGCCAGCCGCUGUCCCCGCUCUAUCUUCAGCAACAUUAAGGUGUUCGUGCUCUGCCAUGGCCUCCUGCAGCUCUGCCAGCUCCUGUACAGCGCCUACUUCAAGAGCAGCCUCACCACCAUCGAGAAGCGCUUUGGCCUCUCCAGUUCUUCCUCGGGCCUCAUUUCCAGCUUGAAUGAGAUCAGCAACGCCGUCCUCAUCAUCUUUGUCAGCUACUUUGGCAGCCGCGUGCACCGUCCGAGGCUGAUUGGCAUUGGGGGUCUCCUCCUGGCUUCUGGGGCCUUCGUCCUCACCCUCCCGCACUUCCUCUCCGAGCCGUACCAAUACACCGUGACCAUCGUGGGGAACAGCAGCCGCCUCCAGGCUGAGCUCUGUCAGAAACACUGGCAGGGCCUGCCCCCCAGCAAGUGCCACAGCAGCAUCCAGGACUCCCGGAAGGAGACCAGCAGCGUGUGGGGUCUCAUGGUGGUGGCCCAGCUGCUGGCAGGCAUUGGCACGGUGCCCAUCCAGCCGUUUGGAAUCUCCUAUGUGGAUGACUUCUCAGAGCCCAACAACUCGCCCCUGUACAUCUCCAUCUUAUUUGCCAUCUCUGUAUUCGGACCGGCUUUCGGCUACCUGCUGGGCUCGGUCAUGCUGCAGAUCUUUGUGGACUACGGCAGGGUGGACACAGCUACGGUUAACUUAAGCCCUGGAGACCCUCGGUGGAUAGGAGCCUGGUGGCUGGGCCUGCUCAUUUCCUCGGCCUCCUUGGUUGUCUCCUCUUUCCCCUUUUUUUUCUUUCCUCGAGCGAUGUCCAGAGGGAUGGAGAGGACCCCUGCCAUGGCGGACGAGGCAAGGAAGAUGGAGGAGGCCAAGCCAAGGAGCUCCCUGGUGGAUUUCAUUAAACGGUUCCCCCGCAUCUUCCUGCGGCUCCUGAUGAACCCGCUCUUCAUGCUGGUGGUCCUGGCCCAGUGCACCUUCUCCUCUGUCAUUGCCGGCCUCUCCACCUUCCUCAACAAGUUCCUCGAGAAGCAGUAUGGCGCCUCGGCGGCCUAUGCCAACUUCCUCAUCGGUGCUGUGAACCUCCCGGCCGCGGCCUUGGGAAUGCUGUUUGGAGGAAUCCUCAUGAAGCGUUUCGUUUUCUCCCUGCAAACCAUUCCCCGAGUGGCUGCCACCAUCAUCACCAUCUCCAUGAUCCUCUGUGCCCCUCUGUUCUUCAUGGGCUGCUCCACUCCCAAGGUGGCUGAGGUCUACCCUCCCAGCACAUCAAGUUCUAUACAUCCACAGCCUCUCGCCUGCCGCAAGGACUGCUCGUGCCCAGAUUCCCUCUUCCACCCGGUUUGCGGAGACAAUGGGGUUGAGUACCUCUCCCCCUGCCACGCCGGCUGCAGUGACAUCAAUGUCAGCUCUAUAGCCUCUAAGCAACUGACCUACCUGAACUGCAGCUGUGUGAGUGGGGCAUCAGCUUCAGCAAAGACGGGCCCGUGUCCCAUCCCCUGCGCCCACUUUCUGCUCCCAGCCAUCUUCCUGAUCUCCUUCGUGGCCCUCAUAGCCUGCGUCUCCCACAACCCACUCUACAUGAUGGUACUGCGUGUGGUGAACCAGGAGGAAAAGUCAUUUGCCAUCGGGGUACAGUUCUUGCUGAUGCGUCUGCUGGCCUGGCUGCCAUCUCCAGCCCUCUACGGCCUCACCAUCGACUACUCCUGCAUCCGGUGGAGCUCCCAGUGCUCGGGGAGGCGGGGGGCCUGUGCUUACUACGACAAUGACGCUCUCCGAGACAGGUACCUGGGCCUGCAGGUGGGCUACAAGGCUCUGGGCACGCUGCUGCUCCUCUUCACCAGCUGGCGGGUGAAGAAGAACAAGGAAUACAAUGUGCAGGAGAAGGCCGCCGGCCUCAUCUGA